UCAUUCGACGAGAUGUCUGGCCGUGGGAAAGGUGGAAAGGGUUUGGGAAAAGGAGGCGCUAAGCGCCACCGCAAGGUCUUGCGAGAUAAUAUUCAAGGCAUCACCAAGCCCGCCAUCCGCCGUUUAGCUCGUCGUGGCGGAGUGAAGCGCAUCUCCGGCUUGAUCUACGAGGAGACCCGCGGGGUGCUGAAGGUCUUUCUGGAAAACGUCAUCCGCGAUGCUGUGACUUACACCGAGCAUGCCAAGAGGAAGACCGUGACAGCCAUGGAUGUGGUCUAUGCCUUGAAACGCCAGGGCCGUACCCUGUACGGAUUCGGUGGCUAAACCUUGCAACUUGGUCUUUUUCAAAGUAAACCAAAAGGCCCUUUUAAGGGCCACCCACUGCCUCCGUAGAGAGCUGCAAUCACUAGUUACAAUAGUGCCACUGCGUGCUGUACAAUGCUUGAACUUUACUACAUCCAAAGAAGA